CUGUCGGUCGUUUACGUACAACACUGAUUUGACAUGCCAUCUGCAUUCUGUGAGACUUGCGAACGCCAGUUCUCUCCCUUCGUUAGGAUCGCGCCACUACUUUGAUAUGGCAGGUGAGUGUCCAGUUGAAGACGGGUACGUACUGAUUCUACAUCUAAACUUGUGCUUCAAGGUGUACAACGCAAGUCAAAGGUGGAUCAGUUCACGUAACCUUUGCAGAAAGGAAAAUUCCUGGUUGGUUAUCUUGGACACGGAAGAAAAACAUAAAGCCGUCAAAGAAUACAUCGAAACAAAUUUCGAUACGUCGAGGUAUCGGAUUGGCUUGGGUGAUAGAAAAGUGGAAGGCGUGUUUCUCUGGCAGAAUGGAAACAAUGUCAGCUUCACAAAAUGGAAACCAGGCAGUCCGAACAAUGAUAUGACUACAGAAGAUUGUGUUAUCUUAGUUGUAAGUGACAACUGGUGGAACGACAUUAACUGCGCAUGGCAACAUAAUUACAUAUGCGAACAUUCAGUCUGACUUAAUUCCAACAUAGCCAUAGCAUACGACACGUGUAAUUGGUGUGAAGCGAAAAAACCAAACAGGAAUAAACAUUAUGAGAUACAAUAUGUGUUGUAAUGUAUACCUUGAACUAAUGUGUUGUUACAUACAUACAUACAUACAUACAUACAUACAUACA